GCGCGCGCCGUUUCCCGGGCGACGGCGGGCGGGGCGGGCCGGGCCGGGCCGCCACGAUGGCGGCGGCGGGGCGGCGGUGGCGGCUGGGCCGCGAGGCCCGCGCCAGCCUGGUCGCCUUCCUGCUGGGCGCCUCGGUGGCGGCGCUGCCGGUGCUGCUGGCGGGGCCGCCCGCGCUGCUGGCGGCGCCCGGGCUGCGCGGCCGCCUGGCGCUCGCCCUGCACGUGGCGGCCGUGAACGCGGCGCUGCUGCUGCUCUACCGGCCGCCGCUCUACAAGAUCGCCAUCCGGGCCUGCUUCCUGGGCUUCGUCUUCGGCUGCGGGCUGCUGCUCAGCGCCGGCCGCUCCGCCUGGCGCCACUUCGGCUGGUACAUGUGCUCCCUGUCCUUCUUCCACUACUCCGAGUACCUGGUGACGGCCAUCAACAACCCGCGCAGCCUCUCGCUGGACUCCUUCCUCCUCAACCACAGCUUCGAGUACAACCUGGCCGCCUUCUCCUCCUGGGUGGAGUUCACCCUGGAGAAGUUCGCCUGCCCCGAAAUGAAGCAGAUCACCUGGCUCAGUACUGUAGGGUUGUUGAUGGUGGUCUUUGGGGAAUGUCUGAGGAAAGCGGCCAUGCUCACAGCUGGCUCCAACUUCAACCAUAUUGUUCAGAAUGAGAAAUCGGAUACUCAUACUUUGGUGACAAGUGGGGUGUAUGGGUGGUUCCGACACCCGUCUUACGUGGGAUGGUUUUACUGGAGUAUUGGAACACAGGUGUUGCUCUGCAACCCCAUCUGCGUGGUCGGCUACACGUUGGCAUCCUGGCGCUUCUUCAGGGAGCGGAUCGAGGAGGAGGAGAUCACGCUCAUUCACUUUUUCGGAGAAGAGUACCUGGAGUACAAAAGGAAGGUGCCCUCAGGUCUCCCUUUUAUUAGCGGAGUUAAAGUGGAACUGUAACACGUGCACACCUAGACUGAGCAAACAUCUGCCUCCAAGCGUCGCGGGGCGAGGAACUAUGCAUAGUACUGGCUCUGACAGCAGCCUGUUUAGCUUUCCUGGCCAUCCGCUAGAAGCUCCUUAAGGGCUAAAGAGCUGGACGGCCUUCUGGGUCACUAGAAGAUCAGCAGCUUGUUCAUCCUUGCCGAGAUAAGAGUACUUCGUAUGCACAUUCAGGGAUCUUCUGGAUAAUUUAGCCUAUAGCGAUCCUCAAAAGAAACGAGUCACUCUGCCUACAACAACUGAAUUGUACUGAAACUUGGUCUGACGGAUUCUUUUGGAGAAUGAGCUUUGCACUUCUGUCGUUGCACUGGAAAGGUGCUAGUUGGAAGAUUGUUUCUAUGGCAUAGCUUAAUUUUAAAGCUUUUUGAGCUCACAAGCUAGACAGCACAGCUUUAAUCUUUUUAGAUCCGAUUCUGCAAGCCCUAGUCUGACGCCACUGCGCUCAGCGGACUAGCUUUGUGCUCGGACAGCUUGCAGGCGCAGGCCUUUAUCCUUGUCUCUUCGAAUGCAUGGGUCUACGUAUCGUUUUGGAUAAGUGCUUGCCAGAAAGCUGGCAGCGCGACACAAAUCGUUUUCCCCCAGUCGCUGUGUCAAUAGGGAGCCUUUGCAGCACUCGCGAUGCUUCUGAAUUGCAAGCAUCUCUAUUAAACGUAGCAAAAGCGUAAGCGAGGUCUCGUAUUCCUCGGCUGGUGCCGCGAACUCGAGAGUCGUUUCAGCUGCCAGUUCCCCGAGUCUCCUUGCCAGGUCCGUUCCGUCGGUACAGGCCGCGUUCUUACCGGACUGGCUUCCAAAUCACGCCGCUUCCUAUCCCGUCGGGGAUCGUUACUAGUCGAGUCUCUGUCUCGCAGAGAUCCCAAGAUUUUUGGUUUGGCUUUUGUUUUCCAGAUCUUGGAAAGUCGGAAAAAGGACUGUAGCUGUCAAGCUUGCAAAGAGCUUUAGCACUUAAGAUCCUUGCCUAGUUUUGAAUUAAACCUGGGACUGUUUGUGUGAGUAGGACGUGCUGCUAGGGAAGUUCUCUAGAGAAGAAAAGUUUGGCUUGCUAACUCUGUUUUAAACGUAACCAUUUUGGAAAUGGUUCCUAUUCAAGUUUUGCGGUAUAACUUCUUCUGUUAUUAUAUACCAAAGAGGUUCACUGUUUUCUUGGGUUUUACAUAAUUCUUCCUUGCUGGGACGGAAGUUCUGCUGCUCAUCAGUAUACGCUUUGGGCUUGCAGUAUUCCCUAACGAAGGUACUGUAGUACAGCUCAGGAACAAGGGCACUGCUGGAAAUAGUGGUUUUUUGUUUUUAAAGAAAAAAGGAAAGAAAAAAUUGCCAACUUCUGUCUGGUUGUCAUUGGAGAUCUCUUGAGGUGGUGGUAACAGCAUCGAGAUUAGAAUUCUUCAUUUUAUAACUCCCAGCGGGUUUUCAGUACACUUCAGUAUUAAAUUGAAGUAUGACCCUGACUUUCAAUAACCUGUGGAACUGCAUAGCCAGAGAAAUAGGGGCAAAUUCUUAAUUCUCCACUCGCUUAACCUACGUGAAAUCCUUCCUUCCCCAGGUUAUGCUUUGUAUUACAGAGUGCUUUCUGCGUUGAACAUCAGCUUACAACAUUCGCUGAUAACUUUGUCUUCUACUGAAUAUGUUUUUAGCUUGGAAGAAAAGAAUAUGAAAAUAUAACAACCGGAUAGCGUUGAUUUCUCUGCAUAGUUAUUUGUAAGCUCACGGUCAGACUUUUCUUUGCAAUAGAGGUGCCUCCGAUAUACUUCUCCAAGGAAACUGUAACUUUCGCUCUUAUAGCCAACAUACCUCAGAUGUCUCAGACAAGUGAGUUUUGAACUCAGUUAAAAAUAUUUUUUGUACGUCUUAAAAUGUAUCUUCUGUGAACUUGCAUAAAUGUACUUUGAAACAAAAACGAUUAUCACUUGGAUUUGACAUAAGUUAACAGCAGAAAUUGUUUUUUAGUCUCAGAUUGUUCUUUGUAGUAAACCGAAAUGUGGCACAAGCUGCAGAAUUUGUCUCCCAAGUAGUGGAAAACGUUUUAGGGAGUUAGUUCACUACGCUAAGAAGCUAGUUUUGUCCCGUCAUUUGAGUGAGACACCACAUGUUUGAGUAUUUGAUUGCAGCUAGACCUGUUGAUGCUACGUUAGUCUUAUUUUAAGAGCUUUAAGCUGACGUCACGUUUCCCGUGGUGCUCCUGGAGAUGUCUCAUCAGGAAGAGUGGUCUCCGCUCCGCGCAGCCGGUUACGGCCGCGAGCCCCUCGCAGGCGGCUGCCGGACGAAAGCUGGUGAGGUUCUCGGUGGCUGCAGGGCCGGCUCCCGCAGCCGGGCUCUCCGCCCUCGGGCCCCUCUGGCCUCCGUUCCCUGCCGGCCGUGAGGCAGGUGGUGCGGGGGAAAGCAGGGUGACUGGGCGCUGGACUGAAACUCCUGUUAGAUCUUCAGCACCUACCUGCUUCAGUCCUUUUCUUUACUUAGUUUGAAAGAGUGUGUGAGAAAUUCUGCCAUGGUUUGAUACUCAGUCAUACAGGUCAAAGAUCCCGUAACUUGUUUUUUGGAAGACGCAUCGUGUCGCGUGCUUAGGAUGGCUGUCUACACGUGGAUAUUUUGAGUAUCACGAGUAUUUUUUAGGUAGCGAUUGCUGUUUCUGAAGCGUGGAGUUGGAUGCCAGUGGUUCUCUUCCGGCUCUCAGUAGAUAACGGGCGUCAGCGUGGAGAUAGGAUGCUCCCAGUUACGGCGGGGAGGGCUUUCGGGCUGCGUCGCGGCGGUGCUGAAUCGUGCCUACUAAACCUCAGGUCCCGUGGAAUACAUCUGCUAGUCGUCAGGGCGCGUGCCGUCCCGGUGGGAACGCUUCCUUUUCUCCCUCUUUUCCUUAAAACGAAACUUGGCUCGCCGCGUUGACGAGACGAGCGGUAGCUGUAGCGCGCGGGGCAGGGGAGCAGCGCUUGCCGAAAGCGCGGCUCUGCUCUGGCGCGUUGGCAGCGCCCCGAAGCAGCUCUUUGUGUUAACGCUAACUCUUACCCAGGUCGGAGCUCGUCCGGCAGUAGGGUUUGUCCAAGGCAAGGUGUGUUGAAACAGAAAAAUGGGAAAAACUUCCUCAUCUAUAGCAAAGCUUCGAGGCUCACUUGGUGCUCUAUGAACCUUUGCCCUGAGUCAGGCUGGCUAGCAGUUAUGUUCCACAAGCAGUCUUUUUUAUUUUAUCUUAUUUAAUUUUACUGAGAGUCCUGUGACUUGAGUGUCUGGAAUCUUAGGAGAAAGGAGCUCACCAGACCAGAGGAAGGUGUCUGAAUUUUUAAUGAAAAUCUAAAUCGAGUAGUUAAAAUAAACACUACGCUUCUGUGCUGCAGCAGCUCAUAGUUUUCUAAAUAGCAUAAAUGUUAAAAGGAAUAGAGAACCUCUUUCUGUUACUGCACUUUAAGUUUUUGAUUCUGCUCCCCGUUAGCAACUCAGAAGACAUUCUGCAACCCUCGUGUGAAAUCCUGGCUUUAGCGCGCACAUAAUUCCUCCUGCCCCGUGUUUGCAAACUUAAUGUGUUUGCUGAGAGCGGCUGGAACGCCCGGGACUGACGGGCCUGUUUCUCUUGUCCUGAGCUGCUGAACAGGGAGAGGGACCAAAUCACGCCGUUUUAUCUCAUCGUUAACACACGAGACAGGGGUAUUAAGUAAAUCAUGUUUUUGGAGAAAGUAAUUCCUAAGCCAGGGUUUUGGAGAAAGUAAUUCCUAAGCCAGGGUUUUGAUACGUGUUACACUUCAGAACAUUAGCUGAAUUCUCUGUUUUUUCUCUCUCCUCGUGGCACAAAAUGAGAGUUCUUAGACAAUCGGUGCAUAGCUUUUAUUUGCAAACGAGCAAUUGCCACCUGCCGCACGACCGUGCGGUUGCGAGCAGCCUCUAAUCUAGCCCCUUCUCACUUGGUAAAUCUGCUUUAGAUUUGCAGUCUGAUGGGGAAGUCGCUUCUUGCAGGCGUCCCUGUUGGAGCAGGAGGCCGUUAGCUCAACAGCUGAGAUAGGAAAUUGCGUUGAAAAAAUGAAUGUUUUACUACGAGGACUCCGCAUCUGUUUGGAGUCGGGCGUGAGAACAGCCUGCUCGAGGCCAAGUACGUAUUAGUACUUCUUUUUACGUGAAGAAAUACUCAAUAUGUCUCAGCUUUUCUUUUGCAGAUGUUGAGCAUACUUUUCAUUUCUUAAAUAAAGAUAUCCUUGAUGAGAAUAA